GUUUGACUCUGCAGUGAGUGUGUGAGUGUGUGUGAGUGUGUGUACAUGUGUGUGUGAACUGUGAGUAAAGAGCAGACGGCGAGAUGUCUGCAGAGCAGGCCGAGUUAACGCAGACCCCCCUGCUGAAGAUCUGGGUACCGUGGGCUGAGGGUUCAGCUAACAGAAGGAGAGGCUCAUCACGGCCCCAGUUUACAAACUCUCCCACCAUGAUCGUGAUGGUAGGCCUGCCUGCCAGAGGAAAGACCUACAUCUCCAGGAAGCUCACACGCUACCUCAACUGGAUCGGGGUCCAAACUCAAGUCUUUAACUUGGGUCAGUACAGAAGGGAAGCAGUCAAGAGUUACAAAAACUACGAAUUCUUCCGACACGAUAAUGAAGAGGCUAUGAAAAUCCGCAGGGCCUGCGCUUCCAACGCCCUUAAAGACAUCGCCAACUACUUCGCUAAGGAGCAGGGUCAAGUAGCAGUAUUUGAUGCCACUAACACCACCAGAGAGAGGAGAGGGGUCAUCAUCAGCUUCGCCAAAGAGAAGGGCUACAAGGUGUUUUUCAUCGAGUCUAUUUGUGAUGACCCGGAAAUUAUUGAGGCAAAUAUAAUGGAAGUGAAACUGAGCAGCCCAGACUAUGAGGACUGCGACAAAGAGGAGGCGCUGGAUGAUUUUGUGAAGCGGAUUGAAUGCUACAAGACUAAUUACGUUUCCCUGGAUGAGGAAAAAGACAGGCAUCUCUCCUACAUUAAAAUCUUCAACGUUGGCUCCAGAUAUUUGGUGAACCGGGUCCAGGACCACAUCCAGAGCCGCAUAGUGUACUACCUCAUGAACAUCCACGUCACCCCGCGCUCCAUCUACCUCAGCAGACACGGGGAGAGCGAGCUGAACCUGCUGGGACGCAUUGGAGGAGACUCAGGCCUCUCCACGCAGGGCAAGAAGUAUGCUAGUGCUCUGGCCGAGUUCAUCAGGAAUCAAGCCAUAAAGGACCUGAAAGUGUGGACCAGCCACAUGAAGAGAACCAUCCAGACGGCCGAGGCUCUGGGCGUCGCUUAUGAACAGUGGAAGGCCCUGAAUGAAAUCGAUGCUGGUAUGUGUGAGGAGAUGACGUAUGAGAAGAUUCAGGAGAACUACCCGGAGGAGUUUGCCAUGAGAGACCAAGACAAGUAUCGCUACAGAUAUCCCAAAGGAGAGUCCUAUGAAGACCUGGUGCACCGUCUGGAGCCGGUCAUCAUGGAGCUGGAGAGACAGGAGAAUGUGCUGGUCAUCUGCCAUCAGGCAGUCAUGCGUUGCUUAUUGGCCUACUUUCUGGACAAAAGCGCAGACGAACUUCCAUAUCUUAAAUGUCCUCUACAUACCGUCCUCAAACUGACGCCGGUGGCCUACGGAUGCAAAGUAGAGUCUUUUUACUUAAACAUUAAAGCAGUCAACACACACAGAGAGAGACCUGCGAAUGUGGAUGUGACAAGAGGGCCAGAGGAAGCCCUCCGGACCGUCCCAGAUCACUUCUAACAUUCACAGGAAAAAUACAAAUAGUGGCAUCAUGUGAUUGUAUUCACAUUAUAUUAUAAUUGUAGCACAGUUUUAUUUAUUUUUUUAAUUAAACACUAAAUGGUUUACAUUAAUGAAGUAGUAUGAAAGUUAUGAAAGUAUGAUUAGACAUUACUAUACCUGACUCAGGUGUUUGAUGACCUCAAUUGAAUUGAAUUGAAUUGAAUUGAAUUGAAGUGUAUUUGUUCAAGAGAAGCGAGUGAGAUAGUGAAAUAGUGAGAGAGAGAAAAGAGAGUGAGAGAGAUACAGUGAGAGAGCAUUUAAUUAAAUGAAUCUGAAUCUGUUUACACCUCACAUUAACAUUUAGUUAAGUGUAUCUGGACAGUACACAGUGGCAGAAUGUUUCCCAUAACAUUUUACACUAUUUUUGUACUGUAAAAGUAAAAGUUCUCUAUAAAAUCACAUCAAAAUGACAGGAAUACACAAUUUUCUAAAUGCGUCAUUAAUGUAUUAGAAGUUAAGUGUUUUUUCUUUGUUUCUUUUGAUGUGUUGUUUUUUUUAAACAAACUAGCCAUAAAAUAAAAAAAAAUGCAGCAUUUUCUGCAUAUUUUUCUUACUGAGAUUUGUUGUUUUGUAGAAAUAUCACUCUUAAACACUCUUAGCUUAUAGCUGCAAGAAUAUAUGCAAGAAAUUAAAUCUCUUAAAAGGUGCCUUAUAAUUUGGUGCACCUUAUAGUGCGAAAAAUCCGAUUCAUGUCUGUAGCCGAUAAUAAAGAACAGGAAAUAUCCUGGCAUUGUUUGUCUGUGGGGUGGAUGGCAUGAGUAAGUGUUCUCUGGAAGGGCAGGACUUUGUGGGUUAACCAGUUUUGGAUUCUUGAUGGCAAGACUCUGCGAAAUUUCCAGCUGCCCACUCAGAGGCCAACAGCAACCCCCCCCGACAUUCACCCAGAGGUGCUGACAGGAGCCUGGUUUAUACACAACUGAGAAAAUGUGUGGAAUCACUGUGUAAAGUUUGGAGUCAAUGUUUUUAAUAAAAUAAAACUAAACUAAUCUCAGAUAAGUGCAGAUUAAAAUGCUUGCAAACAAUAUGCCAGUCAUGUGCCCUUCCAUAGUAGCAUCUGGCUGCUCCAAAAACUUCAAAAACUGCUAUUGACUCACAGUCGCUAACUGAUCCAGAUGGUAAACCUGCUAGAUAUAAAUUUACAGCUCUGGAAAAAAGUAUGAUAAGUUAAUUUGAUUUAACCAAAUUGAAAACCUCUGGAAGAUAAUCAAGAGGAAGAUGGAUGAUUACAAACCAUCAAACCACCAAACUGAACUGCUUGAAUUUGUGCACCAGGAGUAAAGCAGCAUAAAGUUAUCCAAAAGCAGUGUGUAAGACUGGUGGAGGAGAACAUGAUGCCAAGAUGCAUGAAAAUAAAACUGUGAUUAAAAACCACCAGGGUUAUUCCACCAAAUAUUGUUUAUUUCUGAACUCUUAAAAC